CCCACCUCCUUAGCAGAGAUGCCGGUCGCCAUCGCAGCGCCCGAUGCGCAGACAUCGCCAAAGGCUGUCAACCCGCUUAAUCCCAAGGGAAUCAAACCAUGCUGUGCCUGCCCAGACACGAAACAGGCGCGGGAUGAUUGCUUUCUCAAAUUCGGACACUCGGUAGAGGAGCAUGGAGAGUCGGCAAAGAAGUGCGAGGACCUCGUCAGGCAACAUCGUGAAUGCAUGGCCUCGCUCGGCUUCAAGGUCUAGCUCCCCCAUUGCAUCUCCCUUGCCAAACUCCCUCUGAUCACCUAUCUUAAAGUUAUCCCUACAUCUCGCUAGCCCGUCAACCCAACUCUUCUGUCUCUGCACGCUGUAAUAACACCACCACUCUUACGAAACCAUUGCGCCGAAAGUGUCCGCGACAGUCUGUAGGAUGAAGGGGCUAGAUCGAUCACGUUGCAAGUUCCACAGAGAAUCUACAGCGGAGAUCUCCUGACACUGGGGUGGG